AUGGAUUUCCAAGGCAUGGACUCAGAUACAACGACACGUCUUCGCGAUACCCUCAAGACAAACGGGCUCACGGACAAUGACACCGAGGCGACGGGCCUGUUGGGUCCUGACGGCGGCCAUGAUGCUCGCAAGGACAGCUGGGCUGCAAUGAAGGACUUUGAAGGGCUACCAUGGUGGAGAAAACCAGCCGUCUGGUGGCUGGUGGCACCUUAUGCCAUGUUCACCUUGGCCUUUGGAGGCUCUUUGGUCCCCAAGAUUAAUCUAAUCAUCACUCUCAUAUGUGACCGAUACUUUGCCGAUAGAUCAGCAGCAGAUCCCAGCUUCGUCUUCACACCUGUUAUCCACGGCGGCAACAACCCCCAAUGCAACAUCCCCGACGUACAGCGCCUAGUCGCAAGCUUCACAUUGUGCAUGAGCGUUUUGGUGGGCAUAAUCAGCGCCUUCACUGCACCCAAGCUCGGAGCACUCUCGGAUCGAUAUGGUCGCACAUCGAUGGUGGCCAUCUGUUCCGUCGGUGGUGUCAUUUCCGAGAUUACGGUCAUCUUGGCUGGGAAGUACCCAGAUACCGUUCACUACAGCUGGAUUUUGCUCGGCGCCUUCUUCGACGGCCUGGCCGGUUCCUUCACUGCCGGCAGCGUCCUCAUCCACUCGUAUGCCAGCGAUUGUACGCCCCCAUCCAAGAGAGGCGUUGCCAUCGGUUACCUCCACGCGUGCCUGUUCACGGGCCUUGCCUUCGGUCCUCUCCUAGCCGGCUAUUUCGUCAAGUGGACAGGAUCCCUUUUGUCCAUCUUUUACGUUACUCUUGGUUGCCACAUCGUCUUCAUCCUGUUCAUCUACUUCGUCACCCCCGAAUCGCUCUCCCGGAGGCGGCAGCUCCUCGCACGCGAGAAAUACGCCAGAGAGCAAGAGGCUCUCGGGGAAGUUCCCCGUUGGGCAGCCGUGGUGUCCAAGUUCAUCCCAUUUGGCAAGCACUUCGGACAUGGCGUGCGCUCUGUGCACAGGGCGAAUCCUUUUGCUCCGUUGAAGAUCCUGUUUCCAUCGGGACCUCAACAUAAGCGCCUGCGUCGCAAUCUUGUCACGCUGGCACUCAUCGACAUGUCCAUCCUUGGAGCUGCCAUGAGCUCCGGCACGAUCUUGAUUUUGUACACAGAAUUUGUGUUUGGUUGGGGAAAUCUCGAGGCUUCGCGGUUCAUGUCUCUGGUCUCGAUGGUCCGGAUCUUCGUUCUCAUUGGCAUUUUCCCCGUCAUCAAUUACAUUUUCCGCACUCGGCCUGCAGCUCGCCGAAGGAGGGAGUCUGGCAACUUGCUGGUUGACGAGAAGAAUGUCGGCGCCGACGAACUGGACGUCUGGGUUCUGCGCAGUGCCCUGAUCUCCGAUGUUAUCGGCAUUGGCGGGUACAUUUUUGCUCGUACCCAGGAGUGGUUCAUCCUGUCAGCUGUCAUUGCAGCCUUUGGGGGGCUCGGAUCGGCAUCAAUUCAGGCCUCUAUAAGCAAGCAUGUUCCUACUGAGCGGGUGGGACAGUUGCUGGGAGCUGUUGGGCUGCUUCAUGCCCUGGCACGUGUCUUCUUCCCCAUCAUCUUCAAUGGGCUGUAUGCAGCGACCGUGUCGACGUAUCCGCAGGCAUUUUUUGUGUUGCUGUGUUCUAUCUUUGCGGUAGCGCUGGUAGCGUCUUUUACUGUUAGACCUCAUGCAGAGGAUGAUGAGCCUAGACCUUCGUCAGCGGGUUCAGGAUCGACACGAAUUAGGCAGAGACAGGAUCUAUUGGAGGAUGAGGAGGUUAUACCUGGCUUGUAA